AUGGUACCCGGUGCGCAGCAUUACGUUUUAGUAACGAUCGUACUCAUCGCUAUUAUAUCGCCAUGCCUCAGUAUCCAGCCAUCAACAGCCGAUGAAAUCAUCGAAAAAGAUCGUAAUGCCAGACAAUCUGCUAUAAGAGCAGGUAGACACGUUGCCGCGGCUCCAAAAAGGGGAUUUUUUGGAACUAUAUUUCAUGUCAUUUUAGAGCAAAUAAACGAUACUAAAAGCGCAUACAAUCAAAUAUCUGACUUAGUAAACAACCAAUUUGCGGAUGACAAUGCAGUGACAACAACUCCAGAUCCUUCAAAUAAUGGCACCACAGAGUCACCGAAAAUUACUAGAGCCGAGUUCCUAAAAAUAUUAGAUCGUAAUCUUAAAGGACUGAGUCGCCUCCGGAACUUAGAGUGGCGAGAAGCCAAGAAGGAUUCUGCAGCAAAUAUCAGAAUGUACAAGGACGAAAUAUUCAGAGGCAAGAAAGCGAGAAGCACAAGAUAA